GUGACCGAUCGCGCUCAUGCGAUCUUGCGGGUCCGCCCAUCGCAAUGAAGUGGCUGUGUUUGUUAGUGCUGUUAAUGUGUGUGAGGUGCGAAGCUGCCAGCAAGCCAAGGAGAGGACGAGGCAGCUUAUGGUGGGGCAUUGCAAAAGCUGGCGAACCAAACAACCUAUCCCCGGUAUCACCGGGCGUGCUAUACAUGGACCCAGGAGUUCAUGCAACGUUGAGGAGGAAGCAGCGACGCUUAGCACGAGAGAACCCUGGCGUGCUGGCAGCCGUAGCCAAGGGUGCCAACAUGGCAGUGGCAGAAUGCCAACAUCAAUUCAAAUAUAGAAGAUGGAACUGUUCCACGAGAAACUUUAUACGGGGGAAAAACCUAUUUGGAAAAAUUGUUGACAGAGGUUGUCGUGAGACAGCAUUUAUAUAUGCGAUCACGAGCGCCGGUGUAACGCAUGCAGUGUCCCGCGCGUGCGCAGAGGGCUCGAUCGAGUCUUGCACGUGCGACUAUUCGCAUGUCGAUCGAGCGCCGCAUCGCACCCGCGCCGCCGCCGCAGCCAACGUACGCGUCUGGAAGUGGGGUGGCUGCAGUGACAACAUUGGUUUUGGAUUUAGAUUUAGUAGGGAAUUCGUCGACACAGGAGAAAGGGGCAAAACUGUCAGAGAAAAAAUGAACUUGCAUAAUAACGAGGCCGGCAGAAUGCACGUACAAAUGGAGAUGCGCCAGGAAUGCAAGUGUCACGGUAUGUCUGGAUCCUGCACCGUUAAGACUUGUUGGAUGAGACUACCCAGUUUUCGCUCGGUGGGUGAUGCGUUGAAAGAUCGCUUCGAUGGAGCAUCGCGGGUUAAGCCUAAUACAGAAAUCGAAACGCCUAUACAGCGAAACGACGCAACGCGUCAAAGAAUUCCGAGAAGAGAUCGGUACCGAUUCCAGCUUCGACCACACAAUCCCGAUCAUAAAACACCAGGGUCAAAAGAUCUAGUUUACCUUGAAUCAUCACCGGGUUUUUGUGAGAAGAACACGAGACUGGGCAUUCCUGGCACGCACGGGCGUGCCUGCAACGACACAAGCAUCGGCGUCGACGGCUGCGACCUUAUGUGUUGCGGUCGAGGUUACCGGACCGAAACAAUGCUUGUUGUGGAGCGCUGCAAUUGCACCUUUCAUUGGUGCUGUGAAGUAAAAUGCAAACUGUGUCGCACAGAAAAAGUAGUUCACACCUGUUUAUAGGCAAGCUAACGCUGAUGAUGCCUGCACGCACUUAUAUGUUCGACGAGAGGAAAAUAGUGUCGGACUUGUGACUAGGACUUGAGUGUGGGUUUGAAAAAGUAAAAUUAUUCAGAGGCCGAUAACAGUAAUGUAUAUAAUCGUUUUAGUUUCCCCUCUAUUGAAGUCUUCGAAACCGAUAUCCAUUUUGACUUAUGUAAAUAAUGUCACUGUUUAUUUCACUGUAACGCUUAUAAUUAUUGAUCCGCUGUGAAAUUAAACUAAACGGCUACUUCAUUUAAUUAAUUUGGUUAUUAAGUGCGAACAUGUGAUCUAGUAGAGUUAUUUUUUGUGAACGCCGUCGUCGGGACACUAAUGAGACCAGUUUGUCGACGCUUUAUUCCUGUCAGCUUGUCAUCCCGCAUUCUCUAUCGAAAUUGGACUUGUUGGUUUCCUGACGCGGUCAAGUGUAUGAAUUAUUAAUAUUAUGUAACGCGCUUAUCAACGUGACUCCUCACCCGGGCGACUGAAAUAUCAGACUACUUUUAAUGAUAUUUAAAUAAUAUCAUUAUAAAGUUAAAAAAUAUUAUUAUAUUAUUUUAAUGAAGCCAUACAUGCUUCUCAUAUUGAUUCAAUUUCUAUUUUAUGGACGUCAGCGUCGGGUGCACGGUCGCAUUAACUGUUGUAAGAGCCGAGAGCGAAAUUAUCUUGUAAUUAUAAUUUUAUAUGAAUUAUUUGUGUGGUUAAUGGAAUAUGUGACUUAAUUGCAUUUGCAUAAAGCGUCUUCUUGGGUGUUCGCUCUUAAAGGUUGCAUUUGAGCCUUAUCAGUGAAUAAGUAGCGCCAUCGUAAAAGUGUCCCACAUUACGAGAUAAACGCUCUCGAGAAUUUUAAUUAAAUAUUAAAUGAAUUAAAUAAUCAGUAUUAUACGUAUAUUAUUGUAUGCGUGCUGCGUCCGAUAUUCCGAGAUAAUGUUGCACGUAAGCCCGAUUGACACUUGUUAUACAUUUUAAACGCUCGUUCGUGCUUUUAAAUUGUCCAAUAUUUAUUAAGCAUGUUCAAAAAAAAUGUCUUCGCUUUUUAUAUAUUUUUAAUUAGUGGAGAUAUCGCAAACUGUUGAUUCCGGCUGUUUAUAUUCAUACCGAUAUCAAAUAUUAACGUUAUUAGCUUUACAAAUUGUUACCUCUCAUUUUACUGACGGUAUAAAAAACUCGAUAUUUUAUACAAUUAAAUAUAUUUUGUAUUAGACUGAUGUUCGACAGUUUGCUAAUAAUAAGGUGGAAGCUUUAUUAAUUAUAAUUAUUUGUAUCAACGUGAAUGAUGUUUCAUAUGUGAUAUAAAAAUAGUUUAAAAAUAGAUAUUGUUAAAUUUAGUCAUUCACCGAGCUUCUAUAUGUAUAAUAAGAUACGGAGAUAAAUACGCUAAUACAUAAUAUACUUUUAAGCUAUUUAUUAAAAUGUAUACUACUAUUUCAUUUUACUUUAAACCGUGUUCAAUUUGAAGUGAAAUGAAAUAUUCGUUUUAAUAAUCUCGUGUUAAAAAUAAUGGUAAUUAGAUAAUGAUUGCUACACGUAUCACAGGAUCUUGUUGUCGUCAGAGAAAAUUGUUCGUGGACAUGAAAAUUUAAAAAAAAAAAUGUUAAUGCAUGCUUCUUGUAUGAUGAACGGCGAUAAUAAGCUAUUACUUAAUCUGUGAUAUGAAUUUUUAUACUAUUCUGUGUAACAUAUUUAGUACAUGUUUUAAUCAGCUCCUGUCAGUAGUUAUCUAUUUUAAAGACUGAAGAUUUUUUUUUUAAUUCACACAUUUGUAUUAUCCGUAGUCAGAAUAUUGAUUUUAAAUUUUAAUUUUAAAUCGAAUGUAAUAAAAUCGAUUUUAAUAAUAUUUUAUUCGUUUCGUAUCCGAAAUUUAAUCUGUACCAUUGAUCUUUUAUCGAUGACAGUUAAUCCCGAGUUUUAAUAUGUUUCCUUGCCCUAAUCAAUUUGCCAGUGUAAAAAAUGCGCAUGUAAAUAUUAUUUUUAGUAGGGUAUUUUUUUUUAAGUUAUUUAUGUGAAUUUAGUAUUUUACUGUUAAUAUUAGAUAACAAUACGAUUUAAAUCAGCUGAACGUGUCUGAAUCUCAACUACCAUUAUUGUAUAUUGAAUUUACCUAUUUGAAAAUAUUUCGUCCAGUGACCACUCUUUUGGGGUUGACGUAUUAUUGUAAUGAUAUUGGUUGUACAUUAGUAUCUAUAAAUGAUUAAAAUAUUGAUUAAUUGUUA